AACUGACGACAAACUCUGGGCGAAGUCUGGACUUCAUUUUGCUGCGAUGACAUUGAACCCUGAUGUUGAUCCACUGAUUGAAACUGCCUUCAAGUUACCAUGGACAAAAGCCAACAGCAACAAGAGUGGUCUAGUUAUUGAACACUCAGGAUGAAGUUGCAAUCCAUGUUACUGGUUUUAGUCUUACUGACUGGUUCAUGUUUCCAGCUUGUUAGUGGUGAUUUUGUGACCUCUGAUGAACACUCCAACAAUAGACAAGGGGAGGAUGUACACACUGAAACAAACGCAGAUGACCCAGAUGUGCACAGGGAAACAAACUGGGACGUACCAGAUAUGAGCGAGGACAACUAUGGUGAUGCUGACUGGCAUCCGCCUUCUUCCCUACUAGAAACACACUCCGACCUGACGCCCGACGCGCCACUGGUAAUUCGCAGCGACAACACCGGUCCUGAUGAUGAAUCCAACCAAUCCUGGAACCAGACUGUUGGCAAUUCAUCAACACAUUGUGGCGAGUUCAGCAGCCAGUUGACCUCUAAUGGUCAAUGCCGGCUUACAGCGAACCUGCCUCCGAUGGGAACUUCGCAAAAACGCUGCCCAGACAUGUUUCGAUGUACAGAAGAUGUCUCCUAUUGGCUCAACGAGAACCGGAACAGGAAGGAGCAGCUGAAGGAGCUCAGGGAGACGAUGUCUGAACUGCAAGAAGAGCUGAGGAACCACCGGCAUCGAGUCAAAGCCCUGGAGAUGCUGAAUGAAGAAAGUCUUAGUCUAAACUGGACCUUCCACCAGCGGUUGCGUUCUCUGGAGUUGCGUCACGCCGAGGCUGACACGCUGCUCCAUGUUCAUGCGGCACUGCUGCACGAGCUGCAGGCGCAGCUACGCAACCUGUCAGCCACUGUGCGAGGCAUGAACCGCAACACUGGCUGCACGGUCAGCAUGAUCAGAGCCACACCGCCGCUCGGCAUGCGAGACACACUGCCACCAGAUGGACAGUACCUGUCGUUCUGUCCAUCCGACUGUGCAUCUCUAUUUCAUAAUGGUGUUCGUCGUUCCGGCGUUUACACCAUUGUGAUGUCGCCGGGCGGCACCCUCCCUGUCUACUGCGACAUGGAGACAGAGGGUGGGGGCUGGACAGUGUUUCAGCGGCGCCGGGACGGUUUGGUGAGUUUUAACCGCGGCUGGUCGGAGUACCGCGAAGGCUUCGGUGAGCCACAAGGAGAACACUGGCUGGGCAACCAACACCUCCAUCUGCUGUCCAAUCAGGGAUCCUACAGCCUCCGCAUCGACUUACAGGACUGGGGCCACGCCCACAGGCACGCCCUCUACCACACUUUCAGGAUAGAGGAUGAGGAGAACCACUACCGCCUCCAUGUGUCCGGUUUCAGCGGGACGGUGGAAGAUUCGUUUGGUUGGUAUCACGACCAGCAGGGUUUCAGCACCCCAGACACCGGCAACAUCUGUGCCGAGAUUAGCCACGCCGGCUGGUGGUUCCGCCAGUGUUUCUACGCCAACCUCAACGGCGUCUACUACAAGGGCGGGCGCUACUCUCUGAAAGCCCAGAAUCUGCUGGGGCCAGACGGCAUCGUCUGGUUCUCCUGGAAGGACUCAGACUUCUACUCUCUGAAGGCAGUCACCAUGAUGAUACGACCACGCAACUUCAGACCACACCUGUCACCAUAAUGAUGGAGCCUUGUCACCAAGCAACCAGUUUAAAAGACUAAAGACUUUAAAGAGUGUAAAGGCUUUCACAAUUACUUACAAAGGCAAUGAGUUUGUAUUCAUCGGCUGUUGAAAAUAGUCCCAAAUACAUCUUCCUGUAAGAGUAAUUUUUCCUAAAAACUGCAGUGACCAGCUCUUUUAGGAAAUUACAGAGCAUUUUUAAAUAAAAUUAUAUAUUUCUGACCUUUUUUUAAGAAUAUAUAUAUGUAUUUUAGAUAUCUGUGUCUUCAGCAGGCAAUGGUUUAGAGUAGUUAAUUUACUCAAGUACUGGAGUUAAGCACAAUUUUUAUGUACUUGUACUUGAGUAUUUGUAUUUUAUGCUGCAUUCUGCUUCUACUCAACUACAAUUUAACGGGAAAUUUUGUACUUACCACUCAUUAUUUCCCAUUUUCUGACAGCUUUAGGUUAUUUUUAAGUUACAGGGACCAAACUAGGACUUUUCCUUAAAUAUUUGUAACUGUAUUUUGCUGCUAUUUUUACUUACAUUGGACAUUUAUUGCAAGACUUAUUUGUAAGGGAGUAUUUUUACAUUGUUAUAUUAGUGCUUUUAUUGAGGUACAGGACUUUACAGACAAGAAGGGAUAGCUAGAAGGUACUGAGAGUAACAUAUGGUUGGCUUGAAGGAAUUUAAGAGCAAAUACAGAUUUAAAGUGGUCAUAAAGCAAAAAUACCAGAAUAAUACCUCAUUUCACAGCC